AUGUCUUCUUCUAAGGGUCUAUUGACUUUCAUGGAUGUGGCUAUAGAGUUCUCUAAGGAAGAGUGGGAAUGUCUGGAUUCUGCUCAGAGAGCUUUGUACAGAGAUGUCAUGUUGGAGAAUUACAAUAACCUGGUUUCUGUUGGUGUUACAGUUUCAAAGUCAGAGGUAAUCUUCUGUCUUGAACAAAACAAAGAAACAUGGAUUGCUGAUAGAGAAGAUAUGGAAGAAAAAAAACAGCUUUGUCAUGUGAUUAUAGCAAGAAGCUUCUCCCCAAAGGACAUACACAGGAUUACUUCAAAAAUGAAAUAUUACAAAGAUUUGGAUGUAGUAGCCUUUCAGAUCUAUAUCGGAACAAGUUCUGGGAAGAUAGAUGUGAUAGUACAGAGUAUGAACUAUAUGAUUAUGUAA